CGGCGGUUCAAUUGCUCGGAACUGUUUAACUUCUGGUCUAAUACUCUAACGUUCGAAUUUCUUCAAUAUGAGAAUCCUGGCGGAGAAUCAGAUCCACUUGCUGGAUCCUUCGGAGCUGAUGCGGCCAGAGCCCACGUUCUCCGACAAGAAUCCCUCCAAGUUCCGGGACUACAGUGUGGACGAAACAGAUCCGUUGAAGGAGCGCGUGCGUCAAACCUAUCGUCAGAUGCAUCUGAAUCAGACGGUGGACUUCGUCAAGGGUCGCCGGAAUCACUGGCUGAAAUUCAAUACGAUUCAAAUGACGGUGCGCGAAGCUCUGGAGAAACUGAACGAUCUGGUGGAUGAAUCCGAUCCCGACCUGGACCUUCCAAACAUCAUACAUGCCUUCCAGGCGGCCGAGCGGGCACGCGCCGAGUUUCCGCAACACGACUGGCUGCACUUGACGGCACUCAUUCACGAUCUGGGCAAGAUCAUGGCCUUCUACGGAGAGCCACAGUGGGCUGUUGUCGGUGACACGUUCGCUGUGGGCUGCCGCUGGGGCGACAGCAUCGUCUAUCGGGACGAGAGCUUUGUCGGAAAUCCGGACGGUGCCAAUCCCGCCUACAAUACCAAGUAUGGCAUCUACAAGCCCAACUGUGGCGUGGACAACUUGCUCAUGUCCUGGGGCCACGACGAGUACAUGUACAGUGUGCUCAAGCACAACAGAACCAAGCUUCCCGACGUGGCCUGCAACAUAAUUCGCUUCCAUUCGUUCUAUCCGUGGCACAAUGGUGGUGACUACAAGCACCUGGAGGCCCCCAAGGAUGAGGAGACCAAGAAAUGGGUGCUGAUUUUCAAUCGCUAUGAUCUGUACACCAAAAGCGAGGUAGUGCCAGACAUCGAGGCUCUAUGGCCUUAUUACCAGACUCUGAUCGACAAAUAUCUGCCAGGAGUCUUGGAGUUCUAAAAGUACCAUAAGUAAUGUAAUCAUAUUAAUACCUAAAGAAAUUUAAAUAGCUACUGUGAGUAUAUACUCAUACUCAUAUCCGUUUUCAUAAGUACGAGUAUCCCUAACUGAAUAUCAAAAGUACUUACAUACAUAUGACAAUAAAUACCCAAAUCCCAUAAA